AUGGUGAAUGUCCCCAAAACCCGUUGGACCUACUGCAAGACAUGUGGCAAGCACCAGCCACACAAAGUCAUGCAGUACAACAAGGGCAAGGCCUCCCUCUACGCCCAGGGAGAAAGACUCUAUGAUAGGAAGCAAAGUGGCUAUGGGGGCCAGACAAAGCACAUCCUCUGUAAGAAGGCUAAGACCACAAAGAAGAUUGUGCUGAGGCUGGAGCGCGUGGAGCCUCACUGCAGGUCUAAGAGGAUGCUGGCCAUAAAGAGAUGCAAGCAUUUUGAACUGGGUGGAGACAAGAAGAGAAAGGGCCAAGUGAUCCAGAUCUGAGGUUC